AUGGGUGGUCAUGCCUUCAAAGGACUAUACUGUCCGCGCAUUUCUCCAGCUGUCUAUAACAAGGUUAAAGCACAGACGACCGCUGCGUUGCAGACCAUCUUCGCGCAAGUGGUGGUACCAACCGAGAUGCCUUGCAAGGAUGACUACGGCGAUGUCGACUUCUUAGUAUGCGGCCCUCUGCACUCAAGAGGCAGCACUACACUCGACGACUUCCCCUGGCAAAGCACAAUUUGUCUCAUCAAAGAUGUUCUGGACACCACCCACGGGCGCCAGGGCUAUCUUACACAAGAUUGCAUGUAUUUUGCCAUCGACGCCCCCCAUGGCGAAGAAAAUUACUUCAUCCAAAUCGACGUCAAGGUCUGCUUCAGGCCUGAGCUAUUUCACUGGUGCCACUUCGAGCUCAACUAUGCAAGCAACAGCAAGAUGAUCGGCAGUAUGAUUAAGCCACUGGGACUUACAAUCGAUUCCGAAGGUAUACACAUCCGCGUCGAAGAAAUCGAAGAGACGAACUUUCCUGGUAGUAUGGUCUGGAUUAGCAAGGAUCCAAAGGAUGCGCUGCGAAUCUUGGGCUUGGACCGGAGGAUAUUGAACGCUGGCUUCAAGAUCAGGGAUGAGAUCUACGAAUACAUCGCCAGCUCGUGGCUCUUCCACCCAGGUCACUUCGCUGCACGACUAGCCGAGGAAAAGUACAACGAACGACUUGAAGAUCGCGCGCCGUACUGGACACAUUUCAUUAAAGAAUGGGUACCCAAGCAUUACAUUGGCUACUGUCCCAUUCAUCACACUACCGAGACUGAACAACACGACGGCAAAACCAACGUGUAUACCGACGAAGAUCUCCAAGCAUGGUACAGGCGUACCCGGGCAACUGUCCGCGACAAAGUCUUCACCAUGUUGCCUCACAUCGCAACCGAAUACUACAACAAACGCGCCGCUUGGGCAAAAGAACGUGAAGAGCAGAGACUACGGGAUGUGAUCGCCAAUGCCAUCCCAUCUGCCCAUCCAUCACCACUUCGCCAAUCCCAUCGUUCUUCCCUCUCCCCCUUAUUCUCACAACCCCCAAAUCCACCCCUCUACAUCGAUGCCCUUCCUCGUGUACCCCCCGUACCAUUCGCUCCUCAACCCCCACCACCCAACAUGUCUCCCACCGCCAAGCUUCUCUGUCUCUUCCGCUGGACGCUCUUCGAUCCCGAAACCGGUACCCCUCUCCUUGCUACCAUGCCGCGCGAAAAAGAUUUUCAGAUGCAGUGGAUGGAUGUGCAGUAUGCUGGUGCGACAGACGAUGAGCUAAUACAGUGGGCUAGGGAGGCCUGGUGGUACAUUUGGAUGAGGCAGGCGGCUGUGAACUAUGUGGGGCUGUGA